GAAAUCUUUAUCAAAUUAUUGAUUCAAUUUCAUCAACAUUAAAUGAGGAUUCAUUAGAAGGUGAAAAGGAAGCUAAAAAUUUAAUUUUAUUAUUAGAUGAGGAUUUUGUUAUAGUUACUAUGUUCUUGGCGGAUUUGACAACAAUAUUAAAAAGAUUAAUCAAUGUUUUUCAGUCUGAUUAUGUUGCACUUUCGUACCUUAAACCUCAUUUAAAAACAGCAAUUAGCUCUAUUUCUGAAAGUUUUAUUGGAAGUACUGAUAUACAACCUAUAUAUAGUAUUAUUUUACGUAAUUAUAUAGACCGUAACAGUAUUAAUCAAGAGACACUUCUUGUUUUUAUUGAAGAUUAUGCAAAGGCAAUCAUUGAAGCAUUACAAGACUGA